AUGCCCUUCUACUCCGCACCACCACCCGCCCGUCCCUUCCGCAACGACAAAGUGACCCUCCUCACAUCAUGGUGGGUGACAGCCAUGUGCGCGACAGUCAUCAUCCUACGGUUAGUCGGCCGGUUCCUGCGCGUCGAGCGGCUCUUCCGCGAGGACAAGAUCGCGGCGCUGGUGCUGGUGCCGCUGGUGCUGCGCAUGGCUUUAAUCCACCCGGUGUUGCUGUCCGGCACGAACAAUGUGCUGGUGGAUGAGGCGCAUCCGUUGACGGAGGAUGAGGUGUAUCGAAGGAGUGUGGCUAGUCGGUUGGUGUUGGUUACGAGGGUGUUGCAACCUGCUAUCCUCUGGCUCUUCAAAGAAGUAACCGUCGCCUUCUUCGACCGCCUGGUCCGGCCCUCCGGCUCCAACCGCUUCACCCACCUCCUCCUCUUCACCCGCAUCUCCCUGGCCCUCACCUUCCUCGCCAUCCUCAUCUCCACCCUAACCGAAUGCCACCCUUUCCCACAUUACUACCAAGUCCUCCCCGACCCCGGCCCCCAAUGCCGCCAAGGCUACAUCUACCUCACCACCGUAACCGCCUGUAACGUCUUCACCGACUUACUGCUCGUCGUCUUCCCCAUCCCCAUCGUCAUCCGCAGUCGGUUGUCGCCGCCGCGGAAGGCGUUGUUGGCGGGACUGUUUGCGCUGCAUUUGUUGACGGUCGCGGUGGCGUUGUAUAAGGCGCCGGAGAUUGUAAGGGAGGGCGGGUAUCAGGGGACGAGGACGACGUGGGCGAGUGUGGAGGUGUUGGUGGCGACUUUUGCGGCAAAUGCGUUGACGUUGGGGACGUUUGUGAGGGAUAAGGGGGUUAAGAAGAGGAAGUUUCGGUAUCGCGGAGGCGGGAGUGGAAGUGCAAGUGCCAGUACAGGACGCACAUCGCGGGGCACGAAUAAACAUCAGAUGUUGGCAGCGGAAUGGGAUGGGGAGGAUGAUCUGUGGUCGGAUGAGGAGGCUGUGAUGCCGAAGCCUGCGGUGGAAAGCAGAGGAGAUCCGAUACAGCAGAGUCAGCACCAAAACAACAACCACAACCACCUGACAGCCCCAGGAACAGACGCCAGAGAAGGCGCCGUCAGCCGUACACAGAGCUUCGACCUGCUCAUCCCACGCAGCCGAUUCAACAUCAACAUUAACACCAACAACAUCGACAUCAAUACCAACAACAACUACAGCAUCUCACCAACCCUCACACCUUCGCCCACAACAAACCCACCACCAACACCCAUAUCACCCGUCCCAGAACCAGACCCCACAAGACGGGACAGCCGUGGGGGUCCUAGUCCAGCAGAUACCGAUCAAGGGGACAAAAGGGGUUCCCUCUUGCCACCGACCGAAGGCGUGGUCCAGGCGGACAUUAGGGGGUGGACACGCGGGUCGAGCACGGUGCUGCGGCCUUUGGAGAGGUUACCUGGGUCUGGAUCUGGGACUGGGGUUUGA